CUCAACCUCUCGGUCUUCUUAAAUCUCUGGAACCUCUACACAACAGCGAUGGAACACCCCGAAUUCAUGAACAGUUACCUUACAAACCACGUAACACUAAAUUCACUUCGGCGAGAAUAUCAAGCUGAAGCCGCUUCCCUAAAUGCCGUUCCGAACGAAUUCCACGACCCCACGAAUUUGAGCCUCCCGCUGCUGGAGGCAAUCCAGAACACUGUGGAAGAAAUGAAAGGUCUAAAGGGAGGAAAUGAUCGAGACAUAGCAAAGAUUGCCCUCUAUGCCCGAGCUCUUGCUGAAAUAACUCCGAAUUCCCCAAUCACCAGCUUAACACCUUUGCACUAUACUGUCAAGGCGCUUGUUCGGCACAGAUGGGCCGAGCUUAUUUGUGGAAUGGAUUAUCGAAGUGCGACCAUCUUAGAGGGUCUGAACAAACUGUGGGAUGUGCCUGGGGACCCAUUCAUUCAUCAUCUGUGGCUCUCCUAUUUCUAA